AUGGUUUUCAUGCAUAUAUUUCUGCUGUUCGCGUAUCUCUCAAACUUUUAUGUGGAGUGUGGUGUAGAGGUUGAUGACGUCAUUGCUGACGCUAUUCAAGACACAUACAGAGAUCCUCAACGUAAAUUCGGAGAAGGAGAUGGCAAUAUUCCUGAUACCGGCAACAGCUUUGCUUUUCUCCAGAAACAGAAGGAAGACGAAGACAGGAUAGCGAGGGCGGGGUACAAAUAUAUGAGUAUGAUAAAAAAUCUCAUCCAAAGAUCCGGGAAAACAUUUCGAGAUUUAGAGAGUAGCGAUGAGUAUCAAAGAUCUCUCCGGGCUCAACUGUGUGAUACAGUCCCUACCUCAUGUAAAAAAUACAAGAAUUCAAGAUAUCGAAGUGCUGACGGCUUAUGCAAUAAUCUCCGCAAUCCAACAUGGGGUAUGGCACUGCAGGCCCAUGCGCGGUAUUUAAAACCCAUCUAUGAUGAUGAGUACACCAGUCCGCGUCAAAGAGGUAGAAAUGGAGGCACACUUCCAAGUCCAAGAGAGAUCAGUAACAAAGUAUUGGCCGGAGAUAUGUUGACACCUCCAGACAGCAAGCGGAAUUUGAUGUUGUUCACCUUCGGUCAAUUUAUAGACCACGACUUGACUUUUACGCCCAUUGUUAUUGGAGAAAAUGGAAGUCCUCUUGAUUGUUGUGGAGUCGAUGCUUCGGACUCUGAGUGUUAUGUGAUAGAAAUCCCAACAGGCGAUGCUCGAUUUCCAAGCAGAACAUGUAUGGAUUUUUCUCGCUCAAUACCGACUCCACAUGACGAAGGCUGCAGCAUAGGCCCUAGGCAACAGGUGAACCGACUAUCUUCCUUUAUUGAUGCAGGAAUGUUAUAUGGAGACUCUAAACGAUUUAAUGAAAAUCUUAAUGGACAUGUUGGAACCAUGAGGACGUCAUCAGGUGACAUACUUCCUCCUGGAGGAGCCUGUCAGACAUCUCAAACAGAAGAUUUCUGCCAACUGGCUGGUGACGAAAGAUCAAAUGAAUUCCCUUCUUUGGGUGGUCUCCAUGUCGUAUUCCUUCGCCUUCACAAUAUCAUAGCAAACAAAUUACGCCAAUUAACUGGACAAUCUAGUCAAGAUGUGUUUUUGGAAACAAAGAAGAUUAUGGGCGCCAUUAUGCAACAAGUGACGUACGGGGAAUACCUUCCCGCUAUUUUAGGGAAAGAUACUAGGAAAAAAAUGUCUCUAAACCUUCGACAAAAAGGUUAUUGGAAUAAAUAUGAUCCUAAGGUGAACCCCACUGUUAAGAACGUCAUUGCUACUGCAGCACUUCGAUAUGGACACUCACAGAUUCCUCCAGAGCUAGGCUAUAUGACGAGGAUGUUUGCCACAUCUAGAGUAUUUAAAUCGGAAGAUGUCUUCAUGGAUCCCCAUAUAGUUGUUACACAACAAGGACAAAACAUUCCAGAUUUGGCGCGGUUUUUAUUAGCCACGCCCUCAAGAAAGAUUGAUAGACAAAUUGAAAAUGCCGCCAGAAAUGAAUUAUUUCGUGAUAUAAAUGGAGUAACGUUUGACUUAAUGUCAUUCAACAUUCAAAGAGGGCGGGACCACGGUUUACCUGCCUACAACGAAUGGCGGAAGUGGUGUAAACUUCCGGUAGCAAACACUUUUUCCGAAUUACAAGAUCAUAAUUCUGACACGAUUGCAAGAUUGCAAAAUGUUUAUGACCACGUUGAUGACAUCGAUGUGUUCGUUGGAGGUAUUUCAGAAAUACCUCGCGCAGACGCAGUUGUAGGUCCACUUUUCGAAUGUUUACUAGGAUGGCAGUUCAGAGACCUAAGGUUUGGGGACAGAUAUUGGUACGAAAAGCGGGGGAUAGAGGGAUUCUCUAGAGGUCAACUUAGAGAAAUAAGAAAAAUGACGUUAUCUAAGAUUCUUUGUGAGACGCUGAAUCUGGAUACAAUUCAGGAAGAAGUUUUCAACCUCGUAGGAUCAAAAAAUCCCCGUGUUAAGUGUUCUUCAUUGCCCUUAAUGGACCUUUCAGAGUGGAAGAAAUCCCCCUUUCCCUUCAUUCACUGGAGAAAAUUUCUAAGUUCAGUGGGACUUUAUAAUUAACAUCCACAAGAACCUGUACCGAAUGACGAGAAGCAGGCUUAGACCUCUUGAGUUGAAUUAAAAUUUCUAUUGUGUAUAAAUAGAAAUGACUUGAUUUUUUU